GAUUCCGGGAGGGCCUCGGGCUCCGGGCCAGGGGUGCUGGGGCGGAGAGGCGGCGCCGGGGAGCCCUGGGACAUGGCGCGGCCGGACGAUGAGGAGGGGGCGGCGGGAGCGCCUGGGCACCCGCUGGCGAAGGGAUACCUCCUAGUGCGGAGGGGCGCGCCCGCCGGGAAGGAGAGCGUGGAUCCGCAGAACGGACUGAAAGCUGGCUGCCUGCCCCUGAAUGGGGUCCCCCGGGGCGGGCUGCAGACUCCGCUGGCCCCGGAAGAGGAGACCCAGGCCCAGCUGCUGCCCACGGGCCCGGGAGAGGAGACCCAGGCGUUCGAGGGCACCCUGCUACCCCGGACUGCGCUCUCGGCGCGGCGCUUUGUGGUGCUUCUGAUCUUCAGCCUGUACUCGCUGGUGAACGCCUUUCAGUGGAUCCAGUACAGCAUCAUCAGCAACGUCUUCGAGGGCUUCUACGGCGUCACCUUGCUGCACAUCGACUGGCUGUCUAUGGUGUACAUGCUGGCCUAUGUGCCCCUCAUCUUCCCGGCCACCUGGCUGCUGGACACCAGAGGCCUGCGGCUCACCGCCUUGCUGGGCUCCGGCCUCAACUGCCUGGGCAGCUGGAUCAAGUGCGGCAGCGUGCAGCCGCAUCUCUUCUGGGUCACCAUGUUGGGCCAGUGCCUGUGCUCCGUGGCUCAGGUGUUCAUUCUGGGCUUGCCCUCCCGCAUUGCCUCUGUGUGGUUUGGGCCCAGAGAAGUGUCCACUGCUUGUGCCACCGCCGUGCUAGGCAAUCAGCUUGGCACUGCGGUUGGCUUUUUGCUACCACCAGUUUUAGUGCCCAACACACAGAAUAACACAAACCUCCUGGCUUGUAAUAUUAGCAUCAUGUUUUAUGGAACAUCAGCUGUGGCUACACUUUUAUUUAUUUUGACAGUAAUCGCAUUCAAAGAAAAACCUCAGUAUCCACCAAGUCAGGCUCAAGCAGCUCUUCAAGACAGUCCCCCUGAAGAUUACUCCUAUAAGAAAUCAAUCAGAAACCUGUUUAAAAACAUUCCUUUUGUCCUUCUGUUGAUCACUUAUGGUAUCAUGACUGGAGCAUUUUAUUCAGUCUCAACAUUAUUAAGUCAAAUAAUAUUGACAUAUUAUAAGGGGGAAGAAGUGAAUGCUGGAAGGAUUGGACUAACACUGGUAGUAGCUGGAAUGGUGGGCUCUAUUAUCUGUGGCUUUUGGCUGGAUUAUACUAAAACAUACAAACAGACUACUCUGAUAGUUUACAUUUUGUCUUUUAUUGGAAUGGUUGUAUUUACUUUCACAUUGGACCUUGGCUACAUCAUCAUCGUGUUCAUCACUGGAGGGGUGCUUGGUUUCUUCAUGACUGGUUACCUCCCCUUGGGUUUUGAAUUUGCUGUUGAAAUCACUUACCCUGAAUCUGAAGGUACUUCAUCUGGGCUUCUUAAUGCUGCUGCACAGAUAUUUGGAAUUUUGUUCACCUUGGCUCAAGGAAAGCUCACAUCAGAGUAUGGUCCUAGAGAAGGGAACAUUUUCCUCUGUAUCUGGAUGUUUAUAGGCAUCAUUUUAACAGCAUUAAUCAAGUCUGAUCUGAGAAGACAUAACAUAAAUGUAGGAAUUACAAACGAUAUUAAAGCGGUGCCAGUUGACAGUCCUACAGAUCAAGAACCAAAAGAUGUUACAUUGUCCAAGCAGUCAGAAUCAGCAAUUUGAGGUGAAAGGAAAAGUUACUCUCCUGCUGCAGUUGGGCUAGAGUGUGAACAUCCUUGGAGUGUUAUGUGAGCACCAUGGCUGAGUUAUAGGUGGUAGGGAAUGGAUUCUUACUUGAAAAUUACUUCAAGAGCUCCAAAUAUACAGUUAUUAUUUUGCUAAUUUAAGCAAUGUUUUGCUUAAAAUACUUUUGUGUAAAUCCUGUUAACACUACCAUUGAUCAAAUUAGUGUUGCAUUUUUAGUCUUACAUUGUGUCUGAAAGUAAGUUUCUUGACAUUUACUUUUCAAAAGUGGGUGUCUUUUUUUCUUUUUUUUAUGAAAAGUGGAAGUUUAGGGGACUUUGUGAAAAGGAUAAUGUGGGGGUCCAUUCCCCAUAAGACACAUAAGUUUAUGCAUUAAAAAUACCCACUGGAACCUUAUGUACCAUAUAUCCCAAAUUGGCUACCUUUGUACUCUGCCGACCACCUCUCUAAGCCACUUCAGUAGAGUACAGUGUACCAACAUGAUGCUAUAGUAUUGGGGUCAGACUGCCAGAGGACCUCUAAGAUCUUUCCCAUUUCUCCUACUGUUGUCACAAAAUGCUUUGAAAAACAUACUGUCAGUAGCCACAGAACCUAUUCUGUGCGCAGAUUCUACCCCUGACUUUGGUCUUGGAAUUAUCUUCUGAUUAAGCUUUGGGGCCUAGAUGCGAGCUCGCUGUCUGAAGUUCUUCCCUGUGCUGCCUUUCCAUGAAGGAGAAAUGCUAGCAUUGUAUUUUUUUUUUUUACUCCAGCUUGAAAUGGGGUUGUUUUUGUUUUUGUUUGUUUUUUUUACUCAGAGAUUUUGUUUACUCUCUUCUCUUUUUUUCAAUAUAUAUCUUUAAAACAAGAAAAUUUCAAAAACAGCCGAGUGUUGUGGCGGUUGCCUAUAGUCCCAGCUACUAGGGAGGCUGAGGCAAGAGAAUCACUUGAGCCCAAGAGUUUGAGGUUGCUGUGAGCUGUGACGCCACAGCACUCUACCAAGAGUGACAAAGUGAGACUCUGUCCCAAUUAAAGAAAAAAAUUUCAUCAUUCUUGUUACUGGCUGUUUCAUGAUUUCUUGUAUCACAUCCUAUAUAUUGCCUUGAAGAUUCCUGAGCUAAGGAAAUCUAUAAUAACUUCAGAUAGCCUAGGUCUCCCCAUGUAGUGGAGACCUUUUGAGUGCUGUUUUUAGUUCUCCAGUAUCAUUUUUACAACCAUUCUCCUCUGAAGGUACUAUGCCCACCUACAUGCUCCAUCGGUGUGCUGGGGGAGUCGAUUCUUUUCUUCACCACAGAGUGUGUGUGGUCAUCAUACUGUAAAAGAACAGUCUGCUCUUUUACACGCUCAGGGUAAGGAGAAUAGGACCAAAUAUAUUUCCACAGUGCCUACCACUGUGUUGUGUUUACAGUGAGGAUUUAAAUGUUGACGUCCUGAUUCUCUAAGCGCACAGGGAAUAUCUUUACAGAAAUGACAUCUGAUCAGCCAUUAGCACAUACAUUUUGUGCACUUAUCCAAAAAAAACCCAAUAAGAUGUCGUGAAUACCCUUGAAGUGAAUAGAAAGUUUGAUUAAAGCAGAAAAGAUGCAUUAGUUUAUACUGAUAUUCUAACACUCUCUGCAAUCUAGAAAUAACUAUAAAUUAUGUAGAAUCCGACCCUAAAGCAUGUGUUACCAAAAGAAUGGCUAAGAAUCAGGAAUUCUGUGUCCGUGUCCUUGAUGUAGUUCUGUCUAUCCCUGUAACUCUGGAUAAGUUGUUUAACUUUGGGAAACAUUUUCCUUAUCCAAAUAAAUGUGUUUAGUUUUAAAAUGUUAAAUGCCUCUUUCAUCAUGGAGUAGACCCAAUCAUUGUAUUACAGGAGUUGAAAUCUAGCCAGAUGAAAAUUUCCUGUACAAUUGGGUAAAAAAUUGUGAUUAUUACCUUGUGGAUAUGAAGGACUUCUGAUUCUCUUUUUAGCCUUAUUGGUCAGGUGGUAGUAAGUAGCUUAGGCAAAACAUACCCAAGCUUCCUUUGAUAUUAUAUUACAGGUAAAAAUGUCUAAAAAGGUAUUUUAAAGUCUGUCCCAAAUAAUUGUUUUAUUUUUAAGCUGUCAAUGACUUUUUUGGAAUGAUUUUUAAAAUAAUCACGUAUUUGUUGACUUCCUAAGGUUUUGAAUAAAUUACACAUUAAAAAUCGGAAUACUUUAUUUCUGAAAAGCGUAUACGUAUAUGUGUCAUAUGUAUUUUUCCUUGUUAAUUAGAAAAAGGGUAAAAUAUGUGAUAAAAUACAAAAUGAAUCGAUAAUUUUUCUGUAUUUUGAGUGAAAGUUGUCUGUAGUAUGUUAUACAAGAAUAAUCCCACAGUCAUGUGUCUGUUACCAAUGGAGAUAACAGUCUGAGAAAUGUAUUGCUAGACAAUUUCAUCAUUGUGUGAACAUCAUAGAGUGUUCUGAUACAAUCCUACGUGGUGUAGAUAGCCUACUUCAGAGCUAGGCUAUAAGGUAUCACCUUUUGUUCCUAGGCUACAAACCUGUACAGCAUGUUACUGUACUGAAUAUUCUAGGCAGUUGCAACAGUGUAGUAUUUGUGCAUCUAAACAUAUUUAAACAUAGAAAAGGUAAUGUGUUGUACUGUGAUGCAACAACAGCUAUGACUUCACUAGGCAAUAGGAAUAUUUCAGCUCCAUUAUAAUCUCGUGGGACCGUCGUUGUAUAUGUAGUCCAUCAUUGUUGGAAAUAUCAUUAUGUGGCACAGAAAACUGUAUGUUUUGGGAAAGUGGAGUCAGUAAUAAUCACUAUAAAUUUUAAUAAAAUAAUUUUAGGAAAGAAACUGGAUGUUUCAGAAGCUGUUGCAUUUUUAAAUGUCACAAAUAUAGCUUUUGCCUUUUGAAAAUGUUAAGAAAUGUCUUUAAAAAUAUGUUUGUAUGCAAAGCCAGCAGAAUGCCUGUCUUAAGUUAUUAUUCAUGUCCUGAUUUUUGCUCUUUAUAUUGUAGUUAUUCAGUAUUUCAAACUCAAAG